AUGGUUUUACCUCGACCCUUUUCGCGGGUGCGAACAUUGCUGUUGGCGGCUGCACUCGCAGCUUUUAUCACAUAUUCGUUCUUGCGCUGGCAGCGUAUCUUCUAUGCGGAACAAGCGCAAUCCACGGCUACAAAGGCAGCACCAUCCAACGAACCAGCCGUAGUAUUGACUAAGCCGGAAGGUCAUAUCAGCUUCUGGCGUCAAUUUCAGCCUCUUCUAGAUACCUACCAGCCAAGAUGUGAACCGCCACUGCGGCUGGAAAUGGCACCGUCUGUUAGGUUUGAGCAAGCAAGCCCUGCCUUCCGGCCCGAGGUACUGGACAUGCUGGACGAUCAUGUUGAGACCAUGAAGCAAGCUCAUACUGGAGGAUUGGUUUCGACCGCUGGCGGCGAAUACUUACCCGUGUUGGUCAUCUCGCUUCGGAUGCUUCGCAGGACAGGCUCAGAACUGCCACUCGAGGUAUUCCUUGCCAAUGAGGAUGAAUAUGAGACAUAUAUAUGUGAUGUGGUUCUUCCAUCUCUCAAUGCACGAUGUGUGGUGCUUUCCCAUGUCUUGGAUGCUGUUCCAAAGAUUAUGGAUAUCCAGAAAUACCAAUUCAAACUGUUCGCCAUGAUGUUCUCUUCUUUUGAGGAAAUCCUGUUCCUGGAUGCGGACGCAUUUCCCCUACAUCAACCAGAGACACUCUUCGAGAACGAACCUUUCAAGUCCAAGAAAAUGGUUACGUGGCCAGACUUUUGGGCGACCACAAUCUCGCCAUACUAUUACGAGAUAUCAUCCCAGCCUAUGCCUUCAAACACCAUUCGGCAAUCUAGCGAAUCUGGCGAAGUGCUCCUUUCCAAGAAGGCCCACAUGAAGACACUCCUUCUCAGUGUUUAUUAUAACUUCUGGGGCCCCGAAUAUUACUACCCACUUUUGUCUCAAGGUGCAUCCGGUGAGGGCGACAAGGAAACGUUCGUUGCAGCUGCUCUAGCUCUCGGAGAAUCAUACUAUCAGGUUUCUGAGCCCAUUUGCGCCAUUGGUCACGGCACCGAGGGCGGCUUGGCUGGCUCCGCAAUGGUCCAGUUUGACCCGGUUGAGGAUUACGCCUUGACACAAAAAGGUGAAUGGCGCGUUCAUGGAUCAAAGGCUCCUGCUCCCCGAGCCUUCUUCAUCCAUGCCAAUUUCCCAAAAUUCAACCCGGCUACAGUGUUCGAGAAGCAAGCCGUCAACCCGGCUUUCGCCGAUGACGGUAGCUACACACGCGCAUGGACUAUUCCUCAAGAAGUGAUUGGAAAAUUUAGUACGGAUGUCGAAAAGCAUUUCUGGAAAGAAAUUCUCUGGACAGGCUGCGAGCUCGAGAAUAAAUUCAGUUCCUGGAAGGGUCACAAGGGCAUCUGCGCGGGAGUGAAAAAGUACUGGAAUGCAAUCUACAUGGACAAGAAGUCUCCAAAGAUAUAA